AUGGCAGCACGAGCGUCAACCUCCUCCCUAGCGCCCGUCUCCCUCUCCACCCUCUCCGACCCCCCAAUCCGUCACAUCGACGCCACAGCCUACGAAUACUUCCUCAUCGAAAUGGUCUCCACCCUCCGCGAAUCCGCAGCGUACGCAACAGCGCGCUCCAAAGCCAUCGAGAAAGAAAUGGCCGACGCAGGACUCAUCGUGCCCACGCCAACAACCGUAACUGGACCCCCCGCAGCCUCAGGCAGCCGGGGGUCGCAACCCCCCGGCCCCAGGGACUCGGUCACCUCCCUCCAAUCCACGACGCGCCCCAAAUCCUCGGCCUCAGGCGCAGGCGGCGACGCCGACGACCCAACCCUCGACCCCCUCCGCCACCGCCUCCUCGCCAUCGGCUCCCACACCGGUGCCAACCUCUCCGAACGCCUCUGCCUCCACCGCCCGCCCUUCACCGACACACUCGACGUCAUCAAGUUCAUCUGCAAGGACCUCUGGAACGCACUGUUCAAUAAACAGAUCGAUAAUUUGAGGACGAAUCAUAGAGGCGUGUAUGUGCUGCAGGAUAAUAGUUUUAAACCGAUACAGAGGGUGAGUUUGCCGUCGGGACCGGGGACGGGUGGGAAGGCGGAGGCGGUGAGGAGGGCGAAGGUGUAUACGUUGAUGUUUGCAGGGGUUGUGCAGGGGGCGUUGGAGAGGCUUGGGUACCCACCGACGAGCGUGACGCCCGAGAUUAGCAAUUUGCCAAAUUGCACGUUCCAGGUGCGGAUGCCGAAAGGCUCAACAUAG